UAAUACAACAAUUCUCUUUAUUUUCGUACUAAAGUAUUUUAUACAAUUUUAAAAUACAAUAUUAUCGAUGAAAUAUCCGAAAUUCAUUUCAAUCAAAAUGUAUCUAAUUAAGAUGUAAUCUAUAAUAUCUUAUUUAGUUUUAAUACAUCAAAUUUUGAUAAUCAAAGUUGUAUCAGACUAGGUUAUGUCGUUCAAGCAUUGUACGCUGUGGAACCAAGAAAUUAGAAAGAAGAAAAUUUUGCCAAAAAAUGCAUGUUUAUAAAGAAUUCUGAAAAUACAUAGCGCAAAUAUCGUUAUUAAUGUUGAGAUUACAUAAUCGUUCCAAGCAAAAUACAUAAAAAAAUAUGUUACACUUCCAACGAACGUUGAACCUAAACAUUCGAAAUCGAAUUAACAAUGUUCGCAACAUUGUCAACAGUGCGGCAAAUUUUUCGCUUUCACAAGACAGUGUAAUGUACGUUUUUGAUAGAAAUGCGAAAUUGCUUCAAAGAGAACGUGCUGCACAAGCGUCUGAUGUAAAGCUGUAUGAUUAUAUCAAAGAUGAAGUAGGUUACAGAUUAUCGGAUAGAUUAUUUGAUAUAAAAAAAAAAUUCAAGAAAGUGCUCAAUUUAGGAUGUGGUCGUGGUCAUGUGUCAAAACAUAUAUUGCCAGAAUAUGUGGAAGAGUUAAUCCUGACUGACACAUGCUCUAGUUUUUUAAAAUAUGCUGAAACCAUUGAAGGAAUCAAAGUAACUAAAACUGUUAUGGAUGAAGAAAAUUUUUCAUUCAAACCGAAUAGUUUAGAUUUAGUGAUCAGUUCUUUAAGUCUUCAUUGGGUGAAUGAUUUACCAAGUUGUUUUAAAAAUAUUAACAAUAGCUUAAAGAAUGAUGGAGUUUUCAUGGCUGCUAUAUUUGGUGGAGAUACGCUUUAUGAAUUAAGAAGUUCCUUACAAUUAGCAGAAUUGGAGAGAGAUGGUGGACUUUCAGCACAUAUUUCACCAUUUGCAGAAAUUAGAGAUGUAGGAGGAUUAUUAACACGGGCUAACUUUACAAUGUUAACAAUAGAUACAGACGAAAUGGUUAUUGGUUAUCCAAGUAUGUUUGAGUUAAUGUGGGAUUUAAAAGGGAUGGCUGAAAAUAAUGCAGUCAAAAGUCGAAAGUUACAUUUGAAUAAAGAUACUGCACUUGCAGCUGCUGCAAUAUAUAAAGAGCUCUAUGGGAAAAUGAAAGAAGAUGGUACCCCAUUCGUGCCUGCUACAUUUCAAAUAAUUUAUUUAUUAGGUUGGAAGCCAGAUCCCUCCCAACCAAAACCUUUAGAAAGAGGUAGUGGAGAAAUAUCACUCAAAGAUUUACACAAAUUAGAUGAAAUAAUAAAAGAAAGUAAAAAUACCAAACUAGACGAAGAUAAAUAAUUAUUGUAAUUAAUAUGUAAAGGAUUGUAAAUAUUUCUACUAAGAUUAAAAUAUAAUAUAUUUAAUGUAUAAACCUUA